UCUAUUUUGACUUACAUGCAUAAAUCUGACACAACAACAGGAAACCCUAUCAGAAAAGAGUUCCUACUCUGAAUAGUUGACAGCUCCGUUGCAGAAUGGCUACAGAGGUUUACCCAGCACAGAUUCCAAAUCUCCUCCAGCCUCCAGCAUGUGGAGCCAGGCAGCAUUUCAGAGGAGAUCCUAAAAACACAGUGCCUGUUGCCUAUCAUCCCCACCUGGAAAACACCAGCCACGCUGUUCUCCAGGCUCAAGGGCCUGUUUCUCCAGCUCCCAAAAGCUUCACUGUGUUUAUCAUUAAUGGCUCAAGGGGAUCGAAGAUUCCCGUAAAGGUGAGGAGCUCGUAUACUGUUGCCAAAAUGCUGCUGAAGGCCCUGAUGGUCAAAACAGACCUGAAUCUGAUCUUCAAUGGGAAACCGGUUCAGCCGAAUCAGAUGCUGUGUGAUCUGCAGGUGAAGCCCGGCGCCACAUUCAUCACCUACCAGAAGUGCCACGGAGGCUAAAAGAGACAUUUCUCUGAAUCUCUAUUGUUCUGUUCUCUUGUUCUGUUAUCUGAAUAGCACUUUAAAUAGGCACUAUAUAUACA